AAGUGGGCACGCUCACCUUGAAGCUUUCUAUCCCGAAUCCGAGUGUUUCGUUGCAACACUCUCUUCUCUAAAAAAGCAUUUGCCUUUGAGCGAAAUUCGCUUGGUCCCUCGCAUUAUGCACUGGAAAAACCUUAAAGCGUAAUCGGUGUUUUCCAAGUUCCCCCCCCCCCCCCAACACCCCCAAAAAAAUAAAAAAAAUAAAAAAAAUAAAAAAGGAAAAAAUGCAAAUGCCCCGAUGGCGAAACGUCUUGCUAUUGAAGAACUCCUUGAUUUCAUCAACUUCUACCACAACCCAUGUGGCCUCCUUCCAUUCCACUCCUACUGCAUGUGAAAAAUGGAAGAAUAAAUGGAACUUUGAUGUAAAAGCAGGUCAACAACCAGCAAAGAAUUAUGUCAGAUAUGCAACACGUCAAAAGCGUGCUGAUACAAAGAAAGCCUUGAAAAACCUUCUCUACAGAAGCGGGUCUUCUAAAGUUUCGUUGGAGGAUGAAAAUUUAUGGAAAUUUGGACAGACAGAUAAAUCUUGUAACUCUUGUAGGAAACAUAAGCCAAGGUCUUCUACUCCACAUGCUGAGAAGUAUCACCAAAAGAAAACAAAACGUAAGUUUAAGAGAGAGAGUUUCUCUGAGGAUUUCGAUGAGCAUCCUGAGGCUUUCUUUCAAGCUACAUUCGGUAAUAGAUGGUAUACUUGGUCUUUUAACUCAUCAACAGACUACUAUUCCCAAAAUUCUGCAUUUGGAUUUGAGUGGAGGGAGCAUUCGAGCUGGAAACAUAAGAAUAAGACAUGGGAGGCAAGUAGUGAUACUGAGUCUGAUGAUGAACCACAUACUGUAGGAUCCUGUUCUGAUAGAACAAUUCUGGGUCUGCCCCCAGCAGGUCCUUUGAAGAUGGACGACGUUAAAAAAGCAUUUCGUCUAUCAGCAUUGAAAUGGCAUCCCGAUAAGCAUCAAGGCCCUUUACAGGCAACGGCUGAAGAGAAAUUCAAACUUUGUGUUAAUGCAUACAAGUCUUUGUGCAAUGCACUAUCCCCAAUGUAAGCUGUAGGUUUUGGUCGAAUUGUUUACGGCUUCCAUGUGGGUUCCCAAUUCUGUUAGAGCUCCAAAUAAUGGAGGUGUAUAACUAAUUGUUAUAUAUGUAUUACAAUUCAUCUUUAGUUUACUCUAUAUAAUAAGGGAUGGGGUCCCAGUGUUAAAUUUUUUAGAAUUUAAUUUAGUAGGUUUAACAGGUUAUAGAAAUUUUCUGAACUUAAUUUAGCUUUAUGACAUAAUGGUGUAUCAGUUGGAAAUAAAAUUGUUUAUUUAUUCAA